AUGGCCGACGGUACAAUUAAACGCGUUGCGGUCAUUGGAGCCGGUAUUAGUGGUGUGGUGAGUGCUGGCCAUCUUCUCGCAGCUGGACUAGAUGUCACGGUGUUUGAAAGAAGCGAAGCUGCAGGAGGGGUGUGGCUCCAUGACAAGCGAGUGCCGGUUGAGCUUCAUUACCCAUGCGUCAAGCCGGCCGACGUCGAGAAGCGCGGCAGAGAUGAACGAGAUGAAAAAGAAAGGCGGAAACUAAUUCAUGCUCCGCCGGGACCGUGUUACGAUGGUCUCGUCAAUAACGUUCCGACUUCGUUGCUACGAACCAAACUCAACGCCUGGCCCCUGGGAACACCCCCAUACGUCAGGCACAAUAUUUUAAAGGACUACAUCCAAGAUACAUCAAAGAAAGCUGGUGUUGACAAAGCGACAGUCUAUGGUGCUCUAGUCACCAAGGUCUAUAAAGAAGGGACACAAUGGCACGUGUCUUGGAAUUCAUUGGAUGAAGACUCCACAUCAAAGGAUUUGGUUGAACGUCAACAUUCGGAGAUUUUUGAUGCCGUUAUUGUUGCUUCUGGCCACUAUCACACGCCCUUAAUCCCAGACAUUGAAGGGUUGGCCGAAUCCAAGGAUAAGUGGCCUUCACGGAUUACACACUCUAAGUCAUUCCGGAAUUCAAACGGAUUUGAAGGAAAGAAUGUUCUUCUCAUUGGAGGAGGAGUAUCUUCUGCAGACAUAGCUCGAGAAAUCAGUCCUGUGGCGCGAAAGAUAUAUCAGAGUACUAGGAAUGGCGCCUUUGAUAUCCCAGAGACUGCCCUUCCGAGCAAUGCAACUCGAAUUGGAGAAGUCGCAGCAUUUGAAAUUACCUCUUCGGAGACGAACUCGGAGCAUCUCCCUCUUACAGUGCGUCUAAAGUCUGGCGAAACUCUGGAUCACAUCGACAUAAUUGUGCUUUGCACGGGCUACCAAAUGGUCCUCCCAUUCCUUCCAGACUACAACAAAAAUAAGCCCAGUGAAACCACCAUCGUGACCAAUGGUCAGCAGUUUCACAAUCUGCAUCAAGAUAUAUUCUAUAUCCCUGAUCCGACCUUGGCAUUUGUGGGCGUCUCAUUCUAUACAGCUACAUUCACCCUCUUUGAAUUCCAAGCAAUUGCCGUCGCAGCAUUCUUCUCUGGGAUUUUGAGGAAGGAAUAUCAGCAACGAGUGGAUCUGAAAGGAUAUGGAAGGAGUUUCCAUUCGCUCAAAGGCGAGGAAGAAGCAUACGUCAAGCAGAUCAUCGAAUGGGUGAAUACUAGCAGGACAAAGCAGGAAUUACCUUCGAUUGAGGGUCACACGGAUUCCUGGUUAGAGGGAAAGAAAGCUCAUACCGAGAGACUUACUUUGCUGUUCCAAGGCGCUAUACCAUUCGGUAACACUGCCGAACCGCUACCAGAAGUGAAGGUCUCAGCAUAG